UCUUCACCAUCCUGUUUCUAAUUAGUUUUUGUCUGAUUUACACUGAUGCUCAGUACCCAAGUGAUUAAUACGAUAAAGGACACUCUGUGUGUCACUAUUUUUGUGAUAUUUUUUACUUCAAGUGAUCCCUACAAAACCCUCCAUUUUCUCUUUGUUUCGUGACCGACCUUUGUCUCUGGCUACUUUGACCACUUAACCCUACACAUCAGAAAUCCGAGAAACUAUCAGUAGCAAACAAAACUUCUCCUCUUCUCUCUCACUCUCACUCUCAGUCUUUAUAUUUCUUUGUUUCUUUUGCUCUCACUAAACUAAUAUCUUUUGCUCACUAUAAGGUUUGUAUUGUUCAACGAGAAAUAUGCAGGUGGCGAAGAAAACUUCGGGACUCCGAAUGGCUAGCAGUGUAGCAAUCAACAGCGAGCCUCCAACAUCAAAAGCAAUGAACCAGUUCGACAACCCAUACGAGAUAGUGAGGCAUCUGGCUUCAAGUAAUGCGGUGGUGUUAUUCAGUAUGAGCGGCUGCUGCAUGUGCACCGUGGCAAAGCGUCUCCUCUUUGGCCUCGGCGUUGGCCCUACUAUCAUAGAGUUGGACCACCACUCCGCUGGUGCUGACAUCCAGGCCGUCCUCUUCCAGCUUGCAUCGGACGGGCAGCAGCCAGUCCCGGCCAUCUUUGUUGGUGGCAAGUUUCUGGGCGGCAUUGAGACGCUUAUGGCUUGUCAUAUCAACGGCACACUGGUGCCUCUUCUCAAGGAUGCCGGUGCUCUUUGGCUCUAAAAUCUAAUCUUGAUUAGCGGAUAUAUGUCAGUUAAUUCUUCUCGUCUAACAUGAUUAGGGUUGUACAGAGUGGAGGACAAGGUGACACGACCCUCUCGUUCUGGCUAAAAUACUAUUUAUGCUUGUUCUAACAUUAUGUUAAUUAUGAUAUAUAUAAAUAUGCGAAGUUGUAUCUUGCCGGAAUUUAGAUAUGGUAGCCGGCGGCAGAAUGAAAAUUUAGGAU